AUGGCGCCUCGUAUCUGGUCAUGCUUCCGCAAGAAGGGCGGCAGCGGCGGUCAAGAGGGGGAUUCCACGGAGGCGGAGGAGGCGGGGGACGAGGGAGGAGUGGCGGUGCUGGUGGAGAUGUUCACGUCGCAGGGUUGCGCGACGUCGCCGGCGGCGGAGCUGGUGCUGUCGCGGCUGGGGAGGGGUGACUUCCAGCUGGAGGUGCCGGUGGUGCUAUUGGCCUUCCACGUGGACUAUUGGGACUAUUUGGGCUGGAAGGACCCAUAUGGUUCGAGCCAGUGGACCGUUAGGCAAAAGGCCUAUGUUGAGGUUCUUGGGCUUGACACGAUGUUCACCCCACAGGUUGUGGUCCAAGGAAGGGCCCAAUUAAUGUUAAAUGACGAGAAUGCCCUCAUCUCUGCCAUCACCUCUGUUCCUAGAUUCGCUGCUCUCACCUUCCAGGCAACUUUCAAGAGGCCUACAUCAGAUUCUUUGGAAGUCACCCUAAAUGGGGCAUUGAGGACCAAGGUGGACAGUCAUGGUGUAGAUAUCAUGGUAGCAUUAUAUGAAAGUGGUUUGGUUACUGACUGCACCAGAGGGGAUAACAAAGGGCGUGUUCUAUCAAAUGACUAUGUUGUUAGAAAACUUGAAAAACUCUGCACUGUCAAAGACCUCCCUGCUAAGAAGACAGUAUCAGGAACUGUUAGUUUUUCCUUGUGGAAAGCAUUCAACAGCAGCAGGUGUGGCUUGGCGAUCUUUGUUCAAACCAGCUCUCAUGAAAUUUUAGGUUCACAGAGUUUUCAGCUCCCUGAUGAUAUAUGA